CACCUCAACCGGAUACCGAAAAAUAAUAAUGAAAAGGGUACGCCAAGUGAUGAUUGAAUCCUCAAAAAAAAUGAAGAACGCGUCAAAAACAUCAGCUGAUCAUCAGACGAGGGCAUUCAUUCGAUUUAUGGAGGACACACUAUCCGAUAACUACCAGAUUACCGAUUUAUUCGACGCAAUACGAGUUAUUAAGCAGUUAUACGGAGGAUUCAUUUUGAAAUUACUAGUACAGCCUGACGAGGGCAUGUGUAAUUUCACAUCUGAUCUGCUAUAUAAGGAUGGAUUGCUCGAGCAAAUUGAUAAGAUGCAUGCUAUCGUCCUACCGACUGGAGGCCAGCCGUCGUCGGAGCUGCAGUUGAUGUUCCAAAAUUUCAAAGACGAACGACUUGGGGUUUGUGGUAAGGGGCAUUCCACAUUGGGGUAUCUCCAUUUGAUUCACAAGGAACUGUUCAUAACUGAGGUGAAAGCAUUCAUGAUGAAAACAUUCGCGCUGCAUUUUUCGUCUGUGUUCAGUGGACCUGAGAGGACCUGUAUGUUGUUCUAUAGUGAGGGGAUUGAAUUCAUAUGCAAUUUGAUAAAAUCAAAUUUUUAGGUGGAUACAAAGGAGAAGUUAAUGAUACAUUCUUGAGAGAUGAACGAAAAAAUUUUCUACGAGCCAUCAAAUUGUAUACUGACGUAUUCGUUCAGAAAAUGAAGACUGU